AUGAACAAUUUCAAAAUAACUAAUCUAAAGUUUCCAGGAAACGUUAACGAUGCCGUGAACAAGAAAUAUUUACUGGAUCAAAUAAACGCAAUUCAAAUAGAUAAGGACCAUGUUGAAAAUAGAAUAAAUGACGUGAAAAGAUACCUCAGACGAAAUAUUAAAAAUCUUGUGGACGAACCCAAACUACAACAAGAGUUAACGAGUUUGAAACGUCUUAUUCAAGUGGAUAAAACAAGUCAGUUGCAAAAUUUAAUAUCUAAAUUAGACGAUAAGAUUACGAAGGUAAAAAUAGACGUCCAACGUUUAAUAGACAACCCAAAUGUAAACGAGGAUAGAUUGAAACGAAAACUAACCGCUUUGGAAAGAAAACUUGGCGAAUUGCUAGCAGAACUAGACAAGACCGCGGACAAAACCGAGUUACAAAAUUCGAUAUCCAAUUUGAACGAAAAGAUCGCGAAGCAAAAAUCAGAUGUUCAAGAUAUAAUUAACACACUUCCCAUUGACAAAGAUACGUUGAAACGACAAUUGACUGCUUUGGAUACUAAAAUCACGGACGAAUUAGAAAAAGAAGUCGAACAGGUAAAUCUUUUAGUAUCUAGAAUUCAUGACGAUUGUUUGAGACAAGAGAGAAAGUUGACCAAAUUAGAAGCUAUUGUCACGGACAAAUCGUAUUAUUUCAAUCUUCCAUUUGAAAGCGACACUGUCUUCGAUAGAAAAGACCAAAUUUAUAAAUCAAACAAAUACGGAUUCAAAGCAGAAAUAAAAGUAGGUACUCUCGCAUACGGAGAACCUAAAAACGUAUUCGAUAUCGGCGAAACGGAAGCGUUUACUUUUCGAGGUAAUUGUCUGAUUCAAAUAGAGUUUCCCAUGAAGGUUAAAGUCAAUAAAGUAGUCUUCAAACAAACCGGUAAUGCCGUCAAACAUAUUUCAUUAUUCAAUGAUGGUAAUUUGGAAGAGAAUAUACGUUUGAUUGAUAAAAGGGAUCAGGAAAUUGAAACGAAAAAUGGUAAAUAUGUAAACACCUUUAAAAUGGAAGUAGAAAAUGAUAAGGAUAUCAUUGGAAUCAAAGAUUUAGAUAUGAUAUUGGAGACGGAAAAUCCACCAUCAACCAACAUUGACAAAAUUCCACGACGCUUACACAAACACGGAUCAAUAGAAUCGAGUAGUCACGAGUUUUUACGAACAACAGACUUUGAAUACGUAAAACUGUAUUUCGCUUUAGGUGAAAAAUAA